CUCAUCCCUCCAUUCUCACUGAAUAGUGGAACAGGAAAGACGGGAAACGGACAGUGAGAUGCAGUCAGAGCCUGUGUAUCGCCUUUGCCAAGGUCCCUUUUGCAUCCGGGUUUACCAUUACCACCAGAGACGAUCACCAGCAUCCCAGCAUCUCUCAUACAAAUAAAUCACACUCAUCAGCCGGACCAGCAAAUAUCUCCCAACAUGGAGGCGGAAAUCAGAAGUGUCCUGCCCAACAUCGAUCCGGUACUCUCCGAGUACUCUGCGGGCUAUCUGUCACAUGCCUCAACUUCGUAUGCCAGUGAAGACGAUGCGGCUGGGGCUUCGCCUCUAGAAGAGGCGGCGCAUAUGAUCACCGAGCUCCUUUUGUCUGCUUCGGGAGACGCCGAUGUCAAACUCCAGAAGCAGAUCCAUGAGCUGGUAGAGAAAUGGGUCGAGAAGUAUAAUGCCGCCAAUGGCCACGAGCGGAGAGGGCCUUCGGCAGUGAGACGUCUAGAUCGGUCCAUUCAAGUCAGCUCACAGAGAAACAUGUCCUCGACCUUGGCCGUGGCAACGGGAGGCGUCGAUCUGGAGUCGGCCAACGCCCGCAAGGUUGAGUCCAAGGUGGAUCGCAAGAAGCUCGAAAAGGCGGAGAGGCGGAUUGCUGCGAAGCAACAGAAGAAGGUAUUCAAGACGGUUGAAUACGAGGCGUCAAAAUUGCUCAACCAGUCCGACUCGACUCAGUCAUACGAAGAGUUCUACAUGGCUGUCAACCCUCUUCAGAUGGGCGCCUCGGCCGGAGGCAAGACGAAGGAUAUCAAACUGGACAACAUCGAUGUCUCUAUUGGAGGCUUGCGCAUUCUAACAGAUACCAACUUCAUGCUUGCCCAUGGUCAUCGUUACGGCUUAGUCGGCCACAACGGUGUUGGCAAAUCUACGCUUCUCCGUGCCCUGGCGAGGCGAGAGCUGCCGAUUCCCCCUCAUAUCACGAUCCUGCACGUCGAACAAGAGAUUACCGGUGACGACACCCCAGCUCUCCAGGCCGUGCUCGAUGCCGAUGUCUGGCGGAAGGUUCUCUUGAAGGAGCAAACGGAAAUCACGGCAAAACUGGCAGAGUUAGAGGCGCAGCGAUCUUCCAUGGCCGACACGUCGACGGACGCCGCCAAUAUUGACCGGGAACGCGAAACUCUAGACCAAAGACUUGGAGACGUACAAGCGAAGCUCGCAGAAAUGGAAUCCGACAAGGCCGAACCCCGGGCGGCUAGCAUCUUGGCCGGACUUGGGUUCUCGGCCGAACGGCAGCAAUUCGCCACAAAGACAUUCUCGGGAGGUUGGAGAAUGCGACUGGCGCUAGCACGAGCGCUCUUCUGCGAGCCGGAUCUGCUGCUUCUCGACGAACCUUCCAACAUGUUGGACGUGCCGUCCAUCACGUUCUUGUCCAACUACCUCCAAUCAUAUCCUAACACGGUCCUCGUAGUCAGCCACGACCGAGCCUUCCUCAACGAGGUCGCCACGGAUAUCAUACAUCAACACUCCCAACGCCUGGACUAUUACCGGAGUGCCAACUUUGACAGUUUCUAUGCCACCAAGGAGGAACGGAAGAAGACGGCCAAACGGGAAUACGAGAACCAAAUGGCGCAACGGGCGCACUUGCAGGCAUUUAUCGACAAGUUCCGAUACAAUGCCGCCAAGUCGUCCGAGGCCCAGUCGCGUAUCAAGAAGCUGGAGAAGAUGCCCAUACUAGAGCCGCCCGAAACCGAGUACAGCGUCAAGUUUAGCUUCCCGGAAGUGGAGAAGCUGUCGCCCCCUAUUAUUCAGAUGUCUGGGGUUACCUUCGGCUACUCGAAAGACCAGAUACUGCUCCGUAAGGUCGACCUAGACGUCCAACUCGAUUCGCGGAUCGGCAUUGUCGGACCGAACGGCGCCGGCAAGACCACCGUAUUGAAGCUUCUGAUCGGACGGCUGGCGCCCUUGUCUGGUACCAUCUCGCAAAACCCGCGUCUCCGGGUCGGUUUCUUCGCGCAGCACCACGUCGACGCUCUGGAUCUUACCAUGAGCGCCGUGAGCUUCAUGGCAAAAAACUACCCGGGCAAGACAGACGAAGAGUACCGCCGCCAACUGGGUGCUUUUGGAAUAACAGGCACUACGGGCCUACAGAAGAUGGCCCUCCUCUCCGGUGGUCAGAAGUCGCGUGUGGCGUUUGCCUGCCUGGCCUUGACGAACCCCCAUAUUCUAGUCCUCGACGAACCGUCUAAUCACUUGGAUAUUGAGGCUAUGGACGCCUUGGCCGACGCUCUGAAGGAGUUCCAGGGCGGUGUCUUGAUGGUAUCCCACGACGUGACUAUGCUGCAGACCGUGUGCACGUCGCUCUGGGUCUGCGACAACGGAACAGUGGAGCAGUUCCCGGGAGACGUCCAGGCAUACAAGAAGAGAAUUGCUGCGCAGGCUGAUGCUGCGGGUGUGGUCAAGGCGCAUUGACGAGUUGAUGGUGUUUUAUGUAGAUGAACUACCUACCCACUUACCAAGGCAUCAAUAUUUGAAGAGGGUAGCCCAUGAUAGGGUUGGUCCAUAGUCCUGGUCGGUGGGUGCCUUUAAGAUGUUGACCGUAGGAAUACAAAACCACAUAUGCCUCGGCUAACUGCUACACAGACAACAACGACAAACAAAAUAUAGCGUAGAACCUGUUUACUACCUUGAACAUCAUAUUGAUUCCAUACCGCUCUUGUUGUGUUU